AUGGUUGUUAGAUAUGUCUCAAAUCUGAGGGUUUUUGCUCGGGGGCGGUUUGGCUGCAACAAGAACUGCUUGUCGAACCCGACUUGCAGGGUAAUUGAAGUACGCACGUGUCAACAUACCGCAUCACAAUUUCCUGUUCUGCAUUCGCGCGAAUUCCUCAACUUUGGGCAUAUUUGCCAUUUGGCGCUCAAUUACCAAGCGCUUUGCAGAGAUACUGUGUUCGAUCAUCAUGUACAGAGCUGCAGCUUCACGAAUCAGGUCUCUAAUGAUUUGCCAGCUCUAGUGCUGUUGCCUCAAAAGUACAAAUCUUCUGGGGGUCUCUUUGGCUGGUUGCUUCGAGACCGUUCUAUAUCAUCUCCACUAGACUUUCCCCUGUCGGAUGUGAAUCUUCCGUCUCCAUUGCCAGAUUAUGUUGAACCUACCCCCGAGUCUGCUAUAGAUAGUCUGAGUGGUACAGUUUUGGAGAAAUUUGUUGAUCAUCUGGCGUUGAACACGAGUAGCUCUUAUCCAUUGCUGAACCACUUCUAUCUGACCUUCGAAGUGUUCCUCGUGAGGUGCCAAAAUCAGUGUACAAUGGGGGCGAUUAUCGUCAUCAAGGACGGGAGGACACAUUUUGCUCUUGCAUUUGAACUCCCAGGCGGCUGGCAUAAGGAGAAGGAUGCUAUGGCCUCAACUGUUCUUCAGAUGCUACUGGGAGGUGGAGGGUCCUUUUCAGCUGGUGGACCUCGAAAGGGGAUGAGCUCUCGGCUGUGGAGGUGGAGGGUCUUUUUCAGCUGGUGGACCUGGAAAGGGGAUGAGCUCUCGGUCGUAAUCACUGUGUUGAUCUUGAUGGUAGAAUUGUUAGGUUGAUGAUAUACUUUUUUGAGGGUUCUAAUUUCGUGCCAAAAUCCUUCCAUAUUGCAGCUAGUGAACUGUUAGCCAUUGCAACGCCUGAAAAAGUUGAACAGGGGCAGCUAGAUCGUGCCAAAUAGUCAAUAAACUCAUCUGUGCUAAUGAAUUUGGAAUCCAGGGUGGUUGCUUCAGAGGACAUAGGUCAACAAGUUUUGACAUAUGGUGAAGGUUAGUCAUGUUCCAGCUAUGAUUCUGUCAGCAGCAAGUUUAAGUCAAAGUGACCAAUCGCUUCUUUUGAAUCAAACUAGUCUGGCAGACUGGCAUCGAACAUAGGAAUUGCUGUCUUCAAGCCUUGUACGGUCACUCUGAUUUCUGAAAACAAGGAAAAGCAUUAAGUUACUCAGAUCUCUGCUAAAGGAUUGGUUGGAUACAUACGAGGUAUUAUUCUCCAAAGGUACCUGUACGAAUUGCUUGAAAAUGUGUAUAUUUCUUCUGAAAGAUGCCUCCAACAUCUAACUUCAAGAUGAUGGAUAUGAUUCAUGCAUAAUCUAAAACUACUAAUUAUAUUAUUAUUCUUCAUAUUCAUUGUUUCAUUUUCUGCCUACACACAUGUCAACAGCAAAUCUAAUAAUUUGCAAACUUUGCUCUCUCAUUAAGUCCCCAUUUUAAGUUCAACAAGAGGAAGAAUUUAAACUUU